GUACCUACCUAUUGAAUUAGAAUUUCGUACCGUAUCUGUUUUUGUAGAUUAAUUAAGCUGCUUAUGUGUAGUUAUUGAAUAACAAUGAAAGCGAAACAAGUCCAUGCUCAAAGGAAAUAUGCUCAAGGUGCUCACAUUCCGUCGUCCAACCCCAGCACACCCCUGGAGAGAAGAGUCGAGACUGGAGCUCAAAACACUUACAAAGUAUUUUAUAAUAACAAUGACGCCAAAAAUCUCUUAGAUAUAGUGUCAUUCAGCAAUAUACAUCGUCAUACACAACCCAUAGUAUUAGUUAAAAGACUGGAGAAUACUACAAGUGUUUUAAAAAGAGAACCACCCGCCCCUCUUCAUAGAGCAAGCAAACCCAUAGAAAAUGGGGCUAGAUCUCCUAAACGUGAAAUAAAGAAACCACCUGUGUUCUCUCCUUCUGUUUCACCACCGUCUAAGACAAAGUCUGGAAGAUCAAUUAAAUUGAUUAAAAAGAGACUCUUGAGUAAAAGGGUUCGUCGCAGCAACAGACUCCGUGGAAAGCCAUCUCCUGUGCUCAAAAAGACUAUAAUAUUUAAGAACAAAAUUAAAGCUAAGACAAAGAUUGUAACGACUAAGCGGAUAAUCAAAUUAUCAAAGCCACCUGUGAAUGAAACUAAUGAACUAGAUGCUGUGUGUCCCUCCACUGAUGAUGAUGAGCAACCACUCACCUACUUUAAAAAGAAAUCCCAACAAGUCUCACCUAAGGAGGAAAAAGAAAAGAAGAAGCCAGUACCAUUAGUCACAUUAAAAAGAAGAAAAAGUAUUAUACGGAAAUCUAAUGACACAGAACCAACACCAAUUCCUGAACCACCAAAACAAUCUACAAAGGAAAAAAAUGAUACUCAUACUGCAGAAAAGAAGAAGCUAGUACCAUUAGUCACAUUGAAUAGGAGAAAAAGUAUUAGACGGAAGUCCAAUGACUCAGAACCAACACCAACUCCUGAACCACCAAGACAAUCUACAAAAGAAGAAGAUUAUGCUGUUAUUGGAGAAAAGAAGAAGCCAGUACCAUUAGCCACAAGAAGAAAAAGUAUUAGACGAAAAUCUAAUGACUCAGAACCAACACCAACUCCUGAACCACCAAGACAAUCUACAAAGAAAGAAAAUGAUGCUGUUACUGCAGAAAAGAAGAAGCCAGUACCAUUAGUCACAUUGAAUAGAAGAAAAAGUGUUAGACGGAAGUCUAAUGACUCAGAACCAACACCAACUCCUGAACCACUAAGACAAUCUACAAAGGAAGAAAAUGAUGAUGUUACUGCAGAAUCUAACAGCGGGUUAUAUUAUGGAACUAAUGGAAUAGAAAGAUGGAUCUCAGAGAGUACAAAAGAUAUUACUAAAAGCAAAGACUAUAAAGUUCCUGUCCUUCUGCAGAAGAAAAAGAAAAUUGAAAAAAGUCCAGUAACAAGAGGCAGCACUACAAAAACUACUUCCCCACCAAAUAAUGUUUGCUCCUCUGUAAAAUUUAUAUAUCUCAAAGACGUGAUGAACGCUUCUCAGGAUGAUAUCGACGGCAAUUGCAAUAAUUGCACGCGCUGCGAAAUUAUAAAGAAGGUCGUGGAAUUAUCGAAGCUAGUCCGAGAUACGCGCAAAACCACUAGAAGCAACGGUCUGGAUGUCGACCCCAGCAUGGACACGACAGUAUCUGCCUACACCAACAUACCCAGCCCACGCGUUCACGGCACUGCUAUUACCCGACUAGACAAGUCUAGAACUUCUAAAAGCGAGGACAAACAAGCUUUCUUCAUGGACCUUUUACCCGGAUCGGACAAAAUAGUAGAGGUAUCGUGGUGCAAAAUUCCUAACCGCAAAGACUCUUUAAUGAGCGCGCGGCUCAUCUCAAAAACGAAUUUAACGAACUCUGGCGACGUCACUCUCGCAAAUAAUGAGACUUUGCUAGACAAGUUGCUUCAGCUAUAUAAAGAGAAAACACACACAGAAAAUUCUACCGAUCCAGUAGACGCACAGCAUAAUAGCAAACAAAAAAACUCAGAAAAAAGUGAAAAUAAUGCGCCCAGUGAAAAAGAAAAAAAGAAAAACGUGGAGGUAGACAAAACGACCAAGAAAACAAAUACCGAUAAAGCAAAAGUCUCACUUGCAAAAAUAACAACUUGCAAAACAUCAAACGUAGAGAAAACGAUAAACGGAGAAAAAACUAAGCAGAGCAACAUGGAGAAAGUAAAUAACAGCGAGAAAGCAGUACGUAAGCAAGCUAACGUAGAGAAGCCCACAGGAAAACAGGCAAAUACAGAACAAACAAAAUCAGACACUUCGACUACAAAACCGGCAAAUACAGAAAAGACUCUCAAACAAAUAAAAGCAGAAAAACCUAGUAAACAAACAAAUGUGUCAAAGAAAAACGAAAAUGACAUACCACUUUCUAAAAUAGCUGAAGCAAAGAAUGAACAUAAACCAGCCCGUAUAAUUAAGCGCAGUUAUUCCGUUAAAAGAAAUAUAUCACAAGACGCCUCAACAUCUGAAAGCAAAAAGAAGAAAACGGAUUGUAAUUUUCCAAAAGGGGUAGAUCGGGCAAAAUUGGUAGACGCGCCCGUAUUCUAUCCCACAGAAGCAGAGUUUACCGACCCAAUAAGCUACUUUGAGAAGGUGAUGCCGAUCGCGUCCCAAUUCGGGAUCUGCAAGGUUGUGCCACCACCGGACUUCAAGCCGCCGUGUGUGCUCAGCGAUACCAACCGCUUCACAGUCACAAACCAGUACAUUCCGCGACUGUACACGCGGUGGGGCCCCGCCUUCCGCGAGAUGUGCGCUAUACGCUCUUAUUUGGCGUCCCAGAAGGUUCAUUUUACUAGAGCACCGUUGUUGGAGGGUCUCGAAGUAAAUUUACCGAAGAUGUAUCACACGGUGCAACGUCUCGGCGGAUUGAAGAAUGUCUUCGACAAGAAGAAAUGGAAUCGCGUCGCCGAAGAGAUGCAUUUCUACCAACUGACUAAUCCCAGCAAGAAGCUUGAACAGAUAUACGUAAAAUACCUCCUGCCGUACGAUACGCUCACCAACAGGGAGAGACAGAUGAAAAUCGCCGAAGUGGAACAGAUGUGGCAGAAGAAGAAUAAGAAGAUGCUGGCGAGAGCCUUCAAUCCUCUGCACCGACAGAAACGCCUGCUCGGAGAUUCGAGUUCGGAUUCCGAUUCGGAUUCGGAGCCAGAGGCGGGUUCGGAUUCGGACGAGGAGGUCACCUCUAGCAGCCACAACAGUGACCCGCUAGCUGAGGCAGAAGAGUGCAUAGUUACGGGCAGGACUAUGAAUUUGAAUAACUUUGAGAAGGUGGCCCAAAACGCGUUCAAAAUGUACACCCCUCCCAACGAGGAGCCAAACACUAAGACCAUAGAGAAUCUCUACUGGAAGCUGGUGUUGUUCGGUGCUGACCACGUGUGCGUAAACAGUGCAAGCGUUGACACCGGGGAAGAGGGGUAUGGGUUUACUAAAAACAAGAGCAACCCGUACGGAAAACAUCCUUGGAACUUGAAGAUGAUAAGUCAAAACAACGGCAACCUGCUCCGCCCCCUGGGUCCGGUGCUCGGUCUGACGGUGCCGACGCUACACCUCGGCAUGAUAUUCUCAACCAGCUGCUGGCACCGGGACCCUCACGCGUUACCCUGGAUAGAGUACAUGCACCAGGGGCCUGAGAAGAUAUGGUACGGCAUUCCGGACGAGCAGAGCGACAACUUCCGCAAGGCCGUCGAGGUGCUGUGCCCCACCGUCUGCCAGAACAAGGGCAUUUGGCUGUCGUCCGACAUCACCAUGAUCCCGCCCAACAUGCUGCUGGAGCACGACGUGUCCCUCUCCAAGAUCACGCAGAAACCGCACGAGUUUGUCAUAGUGUUCCCGAAGGCGUACUCGAGCUCGAUCUGCACCGGCUACACGAUCUCCGAGAGCGUGUACUUCGCCACGCAGUCCUGGCUCACCACUAUGUCCAGCGUCUUUCAAGAGCUGCGCGAGAGCUGCGAGCCGACGACGUUUGCGCUGGAGCAGCUGGUGAUGAGCGUGGCGCGGGACGGGCGCGCGCCGCUACGCGUGCUGCAGACCGCGCACGCCGCCUUCGCCGCCCUCGUCACCGCCGAGCUCGCCGCCCGCAGCGCCCUGCGCGCCAUAGGCCUCCAGGUGACAGUCAACAAAGGCACCAAGGGUAAGAGAAGACUGAUUCGUCACCAGGACGAAUGUGAGAUUUGUCGUACCACUCUAUAUCUUUCUAAGGUAAAAGGUGUAUUCGGCAAGCAAUCGGCGCUGUGCGUGCAGCACGCUAUGCGCGUGCUCGUCGAAAACGAAACUGAUCUCGACGACAAGAAAAUCAACAAAGACAACAUAGAAUUAGAGAUUUUCUUUACUAAGACUGAACUGGAAGAGAUUGAACAGAAUCUUCAAAAACGCUUAUUGAGCUAACUUCAUCUAUGAAGAUUUUUAGCUGCAACAAUAUUGAGGUAAUUCACUCAAUAAUUAUUGUAUUUAUAGUUUUUUAUGCAAAUGUGCCAGAAGAAUGGUUAAAUUUUUUAAAUGUAUGUUUGCAUGUAUUUCUUGUCACAUUUAAC